AUGCUAUACAUGUGGUAUAUUAUAUCGUUGUUAAAUCUCGUUCCAUUAUCUUUGAUAAGUGCUAAAUUUAACGAUCAGCAAUCCAAAUUCAGAGAAAACUUACGAAUUGUAGGUGGUCGGGAUGCAUUGCCAGGAGAAUUUCCAUAUGUUCUGAUUAUUGGAUUGAGUGUACUACUAUCAAAUAAUAGCAAAAUAUAUGAUCCCUAUUGUACGUGUGCCUGCCUUAAACCAACUUGGACGUUAACAGCAGCGCAUUGUAUAGAGUAUGAAAAAUUAUUCAACAUUCCUGAGACCGCUGAGUCGGUAAUACGAUAUCAUAAAACACCAAACGAGGUUGGCUACGCUAAAAUACUGUCUAAAGUCAUAAAUCCUAACUACGUUGCCUCCUCAAACUCAUGGCUCCGUAACGACGUCGGUCUUUUAAAAACUGAAUCUAUUGACAUACCCACGUACGGAAAACUAAGUGCUGUCGACUAUACAACUCUUUAUGGUUUCCAAAUAUUUGCGGUGGGCUAUGGAUUAACUGAAGACAUUGAUGGUCAUAUGAAAGUUCCUAUAUUUAUUAAUAAAACAUUGCAAGUGGUCAAUGCGGUCAUUAUCAAAUGUAAUGAGAAUAUCCAUCCAGUUAUCUGCUUGACGGGUGUGUGUGGCCGGUGGUCUGCUCUUUGUCCUGGAGAUUCUGGAGCUCCGGUGAUACAUUCUUCCGGAAUUAUUGGUGUAAAUUCGGCUUCAAAUAAGAAUGAAUGCGUAAGACGACAGAAUUCAAAACCUGAAAAUACAUUGGAAACUGCCAUUGGUAUGAUCACGCCGAUUAGCCCUUUUGUGAAUUGGAUCAACUGGCUAAGCUGGCGUUUGAUUCGCACUCAAUUGUACACUUUGGCUGUAAGUGCAGGCUUUAGUAGUAGUUGGCGGACUCCAAGGGAGGCGUUUCUGUAUGGAGGUCUUAGUUUUUCUUUAGCGCAAACUGUAGCAGCGGUACUGGUUGCACUGCCGACCGUGUUGCUACAACUUGCAGUGGGCCAGCUCAGUCAGCAAGAUGCUGCGGGAGUAUGGAGAGCGGUUCCAUUUUUUAAAGGCGUUGGCUUUUUACGGCUGUUGAUAUCUUUUGUGGGCUCCAUUUACACUGUUAUUUAUGUCGGCAUGUGUGUUGUUUAUUUAUUCUACACAGUGAACAAUACCUUUACUGACUGCAUGGAGUCAAUGGCGAUGGAUGAUGUUUUGCAGGUUGAGAGCGAUGUGUAUGCAACUGCGUGUUCAAAUUUUUACAAUCCAGUAAAAUUUAUGAAGAGAAUAUUCUACGUUACUGGACCUUUAGUAUAUUUACUUGGAGUUAUUAUUGUAUCUUUUAUCGGUACGACCGAGGGUUUAUCGUCUUUUACGGAAAGCGAUGAUUGGAUUAACUUUUUGAGGCCUUACAUUUGGUAUAGUGCGUUAACUCAGGCUUUGCUUUCCACACAAACAGCUGGAGGCUAUCUUAUAUCUUCCGGUGAUACUCUGUAUUCCGAUAGCGAUGUUCAGUAUACAUCUUUUGUUUUUGUCGCCUUCAAUAUCGUUUCAUGUUGGAUUGGGACAUUGUUCUGGUUCGCUAUAGGCGGAAGUGAUGCCAAAGUCACCAGUAACGCGGCCGUGCUUGUACAAAUAUACAAGGUUACCAUAGAACGAAAUCUAAGUAACGCGUGGCCGAUCUUGGUAUAUUUACUAUUAUUUAUAUCGGGCAUUAUAACCAUGGUUACAUUCCUGUAUCCUUUGUAUGAUCGUUUUCGUCGCGUGGGCGGGUACAAAUGGCGCUAUUUAUCAGUGGGCAGUUCGACUGUGGGCGUUGGGGCCGCUAUGGCCGUGCUUGCUUUCGGUCACUCACCGCUAACUCUGCUUGAGGACAUCGUUAUGCCCCUCAUGAUCAGCCUCGCUACCUUAGUUGAGAUAUCCGCUUUUAUAUUUAUUUAUGGAUGGAAAGUGUUGGUUGAGGAUAUUGAAUUUCUUACUGGGUACAAUCUUCGCAAGUACUGGGUGUUAGGAUGGUUCCUUGUCAUCGGAGUACUUGCACCGUUCACAGCCUGGUGGACAGCAGACUGGUUUAUUGACACACCUAACUGGACAGAGCCUCCUUGGGAAGCGACGAGCAUUGUUAUAACUGCGGGCUUCUUUGUUGUAUCAUUUUUAAUUUUUGCUGCUAUAUCCAUUUCAAAACAAGUCCAAUAUGAUUUCAUGGGGAAAUUAAAAUCGUCAUUUAAACCUUCGAGGCACUGGGGUCCUCGGGACCCCAUAACCCACUACUAUUGGCUGGCUCGUCGUGAGGGGAGCCGCGAUGUCCCGCACCCGGUGCAUCGCCGUCCAGUUUUAGGAGAAUUUUCAGGAGCAUCAAGCUUGGCUACCAUUAUUACCCCAUCCGAAGAUUGUGUUCAUGAAACUAAACGGCGAUCGAACUCUGACGAUCAGGUCGUCGUGAACAGAAAACAAUAUAACGCGGAAUUAAAUCAAAUUAAAAGCGCCUUCCAAAAACGUCCUAAAUCCUUAGAUUGGAAUUUCUCGACCAAAAAUAAUAUUAAAAAUAAUCUUUUCAUAAAAAAGAGUCACGAUUUAGAGAGAAAGACGCACCCAAAUGAACCGAUAGUUAUUAUAAAGGAGAUGAAUAAUAAUACUAUUUCUUUAGAAUCUUUAGACAUUUAA